AUGAAGGGUGUUCAAAAGGACGACGGUGAGUGGGGGGAGAGUGAGAACGCAGAUAAAAGGCGGUCACUUUACUCGCUCGACCUUGUGGAGCUGCAGAGAAGGAAAAGCAAGCUGCUUCAAAUGCUUGAAGAGGUGGAGAGAAGGUACAAACACUACUGUGACCAGAUGAGGGGCGUGACAUCGUCGUUUGAGUUGGUGGCUGGGAAUGGGGCUGCGAGAGCCUACUCGGCCUUAGCUUCCAAGGCCAUGUCCCGACACUUCCGUUGCCUGAAAGAUGGGAUUUUGAACCAGAUUAAGGCCACCAAGAAGGCCAUGGGCGAGAAGGACAGCUCGGCUCCAGGCACAGUCAAAGGGGAGACACCGAGAUUGAGGAUUCUAGACCAGACAAUCAGGCAACAGCGGGCCCUACAGCAGAUGAGCAACAUGGAGAUUCAUCCCUGGCGGCCCCAACGCGGGCUUCCUGAACGUUCAGUCUCAGUCCUUCGGGCCUGGCUUUUCGAGCACUUUCUCCACCCGUAUCCAAGUGAUGUUGAUAAGCACAUUUUAGCCCGCCAAACGGGUCUCUCCAGAAGCCAGGUUUCCAACUGGUUCAUAAACGCAAGGGUAAGGCUGUGGAAGCCCAUGGUUGAGGAAAUGUACUUGGAGGAGCUCAAAGAGGACAACCCACAAAACGACGAGGGCCCGUCGGUCAAUCACCACAGGCCCGAGGACCAAAAGCCCACCGACGACCAGCUGGGGCGGGUCGACCCGGGAUCCCUCUCCUCCGUAAUCGGGCGGAGCAAGCAGCCCCUCCAGAGCCCGGAAUUCGGUCGAGUGGGACCCACGGGAGACUCUUUCGGGUUCGGGUUCCCGCCGUCUCAUGGCGCCGGAGGGGUGUCGCUGACGCUGGGCCUGCACCAGCACGGGAAUUUACCGUUUUCUCCCUUGCCGCAGGGAGCGAUGUUCUAUGGGCGGGAGCAGGGUAUGGAGGAGUGCCAGGUGGCGGUGCAGUAUUCGUCGUCGUCGCUGCUCGACGGAGAGAGUCAGAAUCCGCCGUACCGGAAUCUGAUGGGCGCCCAGCUGCUGCAUGACCUCGCCGGUUAG